AUGGGCUGCUGGGCCAAUCUUAAAUAUUCUAACUGGGCUUAUCCCACUGCAGUCCUGUCAUUGUAUGGAUUUUUUGCUAACUGCAGAAUUGCAGAGCCUUUCCUUGCUCCGUACUUAAUUGGGCCUCAUAAGAACAUCUCUGAAGAAGUGGUGACUAACUACCUUUUUCCUAUCUGGACAUACUCCUACCUGGCCUUCCUUUUCCCAGUCUUCCUGCUGACCGACCUCCUGAGGCACAAGCCGCUCAUUGUGCUGCAGGGACUCUUUCUGGUCAUCAAUUAUGUCCUGCUCUGCUUUGCCCAGGGAGUGCCUGCCAUGAUCUUCCUUGAGAUUAACUAUGCUAUGGUGACAGCAUCAGAGGUGGCCUACUUUUCCUACAUUUACAGCGUGAUUCCCUCGGAGAAUUACCAACGAGCCACUGGUUACCUCCGAAGCGCCAUGCUUUUUGGGUACACAUUUGGUGCCGGUCUGGGCCAAAUUCUGAUCUCCCUGGCAGGGCUAGACUACUUCGACAUCAAUGCCAUCACCCUGGGCGUUUUAAGCGUGGCUUUUCUCAUUUCCUUCUGGUUGCCAAUGCCUCAGAGGAGCAUGUUCUUCAAAAGGAGAAAGGCUGCACCCUUGGGCCAAAAGUCAGAGCAGGUGGGGUCCGUAGGGGCGGACAGGCCUGAUGAAACAGUGUUGGACGAGGAGGAUGCUGGCUCUGAGAAACAGAAAAUGGAGCAUAAUGACAGCGCUGGCUGGUGCAGCAGGAAAAAUGUGGUCAAUGUGGGUCAUUUACUUUGGCAAAGCUUCAGGGAGUCCUACUCAUCCAGGCGUUUAAUCUACUGGUCCCUUUGGUGGGCUUUAGCCACAGCUGGGUAUACACAAAUCCUCAACUACAUCCAACUAAUGUGGGACCAUAUUGAACCAUCUGCUACAUCAUCCGUCUACAAUGGAGGUGUAGAAGCCGCAUGCUCUCUUGCUGGUGCUGCGGCAGCCUUCUUAGUCGGUCACAUCAAGGUGAGCUGGACCGUGUGGGGAGAACUGGCACUGGGCUUGUUUUCAGCCAUCGGGGCAGGCGCCGUCUUUCUGAUAGCGCUCACCAGCAAUAUCUGGGCCUGCUAUGCGGGCUACGCCCUGUUUAAAUCAUGCUACAUGCUUCUCAUCACCAUCACUACAUUUCAGAUUGCUGCCAACCUCUCCAUGGAAUGCUAUGCUCUGACGUUUGGCAUCAACACAUUUGUGGCCCUCUUUCUGCAGACCAUGAUGACGCUUAUUUUUGUUGAUGUAGCUACAUUAGGACUGGACAUUGUGACGCAGUUCAUCAUCUACGGGAGCUACUAUGCUGUCAUCUCUGUGCUCUUUUUGAUUCGCGGGACCUACACUGCUUGUACAAAGCAUUCUUCUCCAGGGCCGUCAGAUCCCAAGCCGACUGUGGAGGGGGUGAUCACUGCUGAGUCUUUCUGA